AUGGCCACAACAGAGUACACCUCAGAUGAAGCUCUGCUCCGAGACAAAAGGAGUCAAGAUCUCCAAGAAAUGCCAAGAGAAGUAGGACUGGAUGUUAAGUACUGAUUGCACAAACUACAGGAAGACCUGGGUGAGACCYGUGCCCAAGCCUUACAAUAUUUAACAGGAAAAGACUUCCAGAAGCUAUCCCAGGUACAACAUCUAUGGGAGAAAACGGCCCUGGAGAGACUGCUUGACCUGUCCCAUUUAAAUAGUCUUCCAGAGUUCUAGAAGUCACCAAUGGAGAGGAUAAAGAGAAAGMAGAAGCAGGCAGAGCAAGCCUAGGAGCUGAGGAACUUGCUCCCAGAAAGGAGGCAGAGACAGGAAGAGACAGUGAAGAGAAAAGAAGCAGAGCUGAGGCAAGCCACGGAGAUCCCUGAAGAGUACUGGCCAGUGCCUGAAAGGCCCUUACGGGCAGUCAUGGAAAUCAUGCAGAGACAAUUCAGUCCCAUAAAGCAGACACUGACCCACACAAACCUCCCAGAUAGAGCUAUAAGAUGGGUAUCAGGAGGGCUGGCCCUGCAAGGAAUUUGCCAAUCAUGCAACCAAAAGGACCUGAUACAAAAGAGAGAGGAGCUACUCAGUGUUCCCAGUAAUUUUUCCCUCUUUAGCCCUCAACAAAGCACAAGAAUGGAAACAAAAAAAUUUAUAUCUUUUCAAGAAGAAUCCAUGUUCACCAGAUUGUAUAAAAAUGUAAGUGCUUCCACCAAGGCUAGAGGCUGGGGGAUUCAACUAGAGACUGGAAUGAAUAAAAGCAAGCAUUGAGAAUCCAAGGAAACCCAACAAGCAAGUUCUGAGCACUCUUCUUUAUGCUCGACUAAAUUCAGUUGUGUCCCCCUGGCCUCUUGCCACUCUCCCAUUGAUGAGCAUCCAUUCUCCAAGCCUGCUCUCCAAGAAUGUGAAUACAACAAAGGCCUCUUGGAUGAGAAUGCAGACACAGACAGAUUCACCUUGCUGAAGCAGAGGACUGAGAACAACUUCCCCAGGUUUGGUUCUCAUGUUAACCAAGGCUCUCUGCACCUGGGAGGAAUCUACAGGUGGAAGGUUGUUUCAAAGGGUUUGCAAAGUGACCAGCUGGCUGAUGUGAAGCAGCARGUAGCAGUUGUCCUGAAUAACAUAUGGGACAGCUACAGUGGCUUUGGAGUGGGAGUUGCUACAGGUAUGAAGGUUUCAGACUCAUAUACAAAAAGAGCUUCUAAAAGCCCAAAUUUACAAACUCAAACCAAGAUCCAAUUAUCUGUGGUCCAGAGAGGUCCACAAGAAGCAGAUGGCCUCAUCCAGUGGAAAGCUGGCCUUGUUGUCAGUAAUCAAACUUGGUGGGGACUUCAGGUGGUGCCCAUUUGGGACUUCAUCCUCUCCAGCCACAGAAGUGAUUUUAAAGAUCCCCUUAAGGUAGCUAACUGCCUGAAAGACAACUAAACUGCUUUGACUAACCUUACUGCACAGAUCCAAGAGGGAACUGAAUUAUUUAGUGCUGGGAAGGAGGCAAGAGUUUUCUAGGAUGAUGUAAAAUUCUGGCAAAUAUCUGAUCCUCGGGAGCAACUUCAAAACCUGAUCAAAUUCAUGCAAACACUGAGUCAAAAAAUAAAUCAUUAUGGCACUUGGAUUAACAUAUGCCUGACAGACUGGGAUCUGCAGAAUUUCCUAGUAAACACUGUCAAUUUUAGCAAAAAUUAUUUCAGACAUAAAAUUACAUUUAUUAAAUCACAGUUGUGCAGCCUUCUGGAUCCCCAGGUCUACAAAGUGACACACUUUCCUCCGGUUCACUCCAUUAUGCAAUGGAUCUACCAGUCAAAGUCACAGAAAGAACAACUCAAAAUCUCAUUUUCUGAGUUCAUUAACAUUUUAAAGGAAACCCAGAAUGAACUCUUCGAGGUGAAUGUUAAAUGUGAAAUGCAAGAAACAGUGGAAGAAGCUCAAAGAAAGGCCACAUAUGAGGUAAACUUAGCUCUCAGCAGUUUCUUGAAUCACCUCCAAGCAGCAAGGCAGCCAGACACACAGGUCUUGCUACUUUCCAGUGCAGCUGGUGCAGGAUAUCCUGUGGAGCAUAUUUUUCAUCAUCUUCUGGGGUGUGAUAAGUUGAACUUCCUGCUGGAUUUAAUGCAAACUGCUUACAAUAAAUACCAAGACAUCAAAAAUAUUUCUAGCUCCAGGGCCCACACAUUCCUGGUGCUCACAAGUCCAACAGGCACAGCUGGUCAGAGUUUUUCUCCAGAAGAGAAGACACAAUGCAUGACACUUACGAGACAACACAUGGGGAAAUKAUCAUCUAAAGAAAUUGCACAUGUCCUCAUUAAACUUGGAGCAGAUCAUGAUUGGAAAAACCUAGAGAGAGACUUGAGGUUACUCAUUGAUGGCGAUUAUGAAGCCACCAUCUCUUCUUUGCAAAUGGGCAAGUUAAGAAAGAAAUUGGAAAUUCUCUUCCAUGGAAAGAAAUAGUCCCAGGAAACAAAUGAUAAUGAAAAUAACAAAUGGGAGGUGAUAGAAAAUGAAGCCAUUCUAAACUCACUACAGCAUCUAAACCUAGAACAUUACUACUCAAAAAGGAUGAGUAGAGCUAACUUCCAUCUGAUCUACAAGAAUUCUGUGUACAACAUCAAGCCCAAAUUAGAAGAGAAACUUCUCAUCUAUUUCCUUCAGAAGCUACUAAUGCUGGAUUAUUGACUUAGAUUCCUGGUCUUCACAGAUGAUGAAAACAUAGAACAUCAGGUCUCUCCAAGUGCAUCUAAUCAGGAAAAUGAGGCUUUUGAUCCUUGUGAAUCCUUUUUUGAAGAUGGAGAUAUUCUCACUAAUACUUUUCCCAUUAAUCCCAGACCCCACAUUCACCCCAUGGAUAUACAAAUGGCAAUUUUUCACUGUGCAGAUGAUUUUACAAGACAGUAUAUGGUGACCAAACUUUCCAUUUGUCAAUUUGCUCUCCCAUUUUUGGUUCCCAAUCCUUGUAAUCACCAAAUUGAAUUCCCUCUUUGGUCUCUUAGGCAAGUCAGGAGAAGCUGGAAAGAGGUGGAAAAAAUAGGUUGGGAGAAAAAAAUUAGGGAUUAUGAUAAUCAACUGAUUUGCUGGCAACCUACCCCCAUUGUAUCUUUCAUAAGAGUUGGAAAUUCUGUCUCCACUUCCAAGUCACAGAUUCUGAAUUCACUCCUGAGUAAGGGCAAACAUGACAAUUUUUUUCACCAUCAUUCUAAGAAAGACAAUAACAGCUGUCUUUUGAUGGAAGGGGUUGUGGAAAUAUGCUGGUUCUGUCCAAGUGGAAGAGCUGAGGACAGAUUUGAAAACUGUAUUGCCUUCACCAGUCUCCAUGGAAAUGGUGAAAUGCAUGAGAAGCAAGUGAAGUUCUUGCUUGAGGUCUCCUCAGUUACUAUACUUCUCCUAUCAACUUCUGACAUAGAAAAAAUGAAGAGUUCCAUUCUACCUGAAUUUUUUAAAUCACUCAAACCACUCAUCUGUUUAUUUGAAAAUGUAGAAAACAUUGUGGAUGAGAAGUGUGAUCCUCACAAAGUAAGAAUUGGUAUCAAGAAUCUAAAUAAGGUAGAAUUAGCUGACAAAAUUACAGCUACAUUAAAAAACUUGCUGAAGGAUUCUACAUCUCCUUGCAGUUUGAAUAACUGUGCCAACAUUGCUAGGAAGUAUGAAUUUAUAAUUGAUGAGGAUCAAAGAGAUUGUCAAGAAGCAGGAAAAAAGGCUGACAUCAUCAUGGAUCUCCUGGKGAAAGUGAAAUUAUCUCAGAGAAAAGAAAAAUUGCUUCCCCUUCAGGGACAGCUAUGGUAUGAUUGGUGCAAGAAGGAUAAGGAAUUCUAUCAAGUGAGAAAAAAAGGGAACCGGAGCAUUGAACAAUACAAAAAUGAGAUUGAGAAGGAAAAGCAAAAAAUACGCUGUGAACAAUAUCACAAAGUUAUUGACCUUAAUAACCUAAUGAAUUCCCUUCUUGAUGGUCUUCAGUCACACCCAGAAACUCACAUGGAGCUCUAUUUUCUGCAAAGGCUAAGUAUGUUCAUGGAACAACUAAGCAAGAAAGACUUAGAAACACUCUACCAGAGGCACAGUUUCUUGUUGGCUCAAGUGCAAACAGAGAAGCAGAAGCAGUCAAAGACUGACUCCCUCAUACUCUGGGAGGCUGAAUUAGAAGAUGUUUCCAAAGAGAUCAGUGACUCCACCCUAGGAAUUGAGCACUUCCUGAGAGAGGUGGGCCAGAUCUAUGAAGCUCUGGAARAAGCUUCCUCCCAAACAAAUACACUAUUUCUCUCCCUUCCCCAAAUGGCUGCUGAUCUGAUGGUAUCUGGGGCUCCCAUUGAAUUGAUGGAUGGAGAUGCUUCAUAUGUGCCCUUGAAAUGGGUGGCAGCUGUUUUUGACAAGGUCUCUGAGAAACUUGGAGAAAAACGGGUGUUUGUUCUUUCUGUCCUUGGCUUGCAGGGCUCAGGGAAGUCCACAUUGCUAAAUGCAAUGUUUGGCCUACAGUUUAGUCUCAGUGCUGGGAGGUGUACCCGGGGGGCCUACAUGCAGCUUCUGAAGGUGGAAGAGAUGCUCAGAGAACAGCUGGGCUUUGAUUUUGUGCUUGUUGUGGACUCAGAAGGACUUAAGGUUCCACAGCUCAUCAAUGAAGCACAGGUUAAGAAAAAUGAGUUGGCAACCUUUGUCAUUGGACUUGGAAACUUAACUCUGAUCAAUAUUUUUGGAAAGAAUCUUUCAGAAAUGCAAGAUAUUCUGCAAAUAGCUGUCCAUGCCUUUCUCAGGAUGAAACAACUGACUAUCUCCCCAAGAUGCCUAUUUGUUCAUCAAAAUAUAGAAGAAGUUAUAGAUACAAAUCAAAAUAUGGCAAGGCGAAGAUGGCUGCAAGAGAAAUUGGAUGGAAUGGCCCUUGCUGCUUCCAGAUAUGAACAGUGCCCAGAUGUAUGCCAGUUCAAUGAUAUCAUUAAGUUUGAUGUCAAGACCCACAUCCAUUACUUUGCUUGUCUCUGGGAAGGUUAUCCCCCAAUGGCCCCUCCCAACCCUUCUUAUAGCCAAAAUGUCCAGGAGCUGAAAAGCCGGAUUCUUAACCUUGCCAAAGAAGAAUCCAGGGGAAAUAUUUUAAAGUUAUCAGAACUUAAAGUCCGGAUACGGGAUUUAUGGAAGACUUUAAUGAAUGAGAACUUCAUCUUCAGGUUCAGGAACACCAAGGAGGUUAUGGUCAUGAAUAAACUAGAGACCUUGUACAACAGCUGGACCUGGGAGCUGAGAAGUCAUGUGCUAGAAUUGCAGAAACAGCUAGCCAACCAAAUUCAGAAUGGAGAAGUUGAAGAGAUCAAGAGAAGCUCAGUAGAGAAACAAGUGGUGGAAAAACAUGAAACCAUUAAGCAAAAAUUUGAAAAGUAUUUUCGAGAAGACACAGACAGAGAUAUAUUAGCUCAGUGGAAAGGUAAAUUUGAAAACAAUUUGAAGACUCUUAAAGAGGAGCUUAUAGUAGAACUAAUAAAAAAAUGUGAGGUUAUGACUAGUGGAAAGAAAAUACAAGAUCUUUGGAAUGAGCAAAAAGUAAAAUUUGAACAUAUGUUCUUAGAAAAAAUCAGGRGAAUGGCUGUGUCCUCCAAGAGCAUGGAGUUAGAUGAUAAGGAACUGAGGGAUGUGUUCAACAAGAUCUGGUCAGAGAACAUCUCCAUUCUACUGCCUCCCUUAUCCCCAUCUGUUGAGGAUCCUGAUAUUGAAAUUGAUCUAGAGAACAUUCUGCUAGAGCAUUUUAAACAGCAUCCUAAUAUUGUCAACAAAAUUAGGUACCGUAAAACAAAGAAAGCAUUUUCUAUCAAUUAUUCUAAACAUGUUUUCACUUCUCAAAAGUCCCAAGCAUAUGGGUCUCCUGUGGAAGAAUUUGAAAAAGACAUUAUAAAGAGAACAACUCAAAUUAUGAAUGUGGUUAAAGAAAUAAUACACAUGAGAGAACAACGAAAUGAAGGAUACAGUUCUAGUUAUUUCCAUGAAAUUCUACAAGUGAUCCAAACUGAGACUGAGGCUGCAUCUCAAGGAAUCACAUACUUGCUAACCAACAGAUAUAAAUUAGAACUUGCCCUAGAGCUAUUCCAACAGGCAGCAAACAGUUUUAAAAAGAUGUGCACUGCAUUCAAGAUGGCAAACAACCCUGUUCUGUAUCUGGAGAGCAAAAAAGAGGAAUAUUUUACUAAUUUCAAGUUGUCCUACAAACACUGUCAAAGCAUUGAUUGA